UUUGUUUCUCUCCAUCUUUCCCAUUCCUAAAGAGAAACUCUGUGAAAGAUAGCAACUUGACGUAAGAAUCAACUAAGAUCCAGUAUUUAGAUUUGGGUUUUUUGUUUUCAAGUUCAGAACACUUCAUUUUGAGUCAAAAUGGGUAGUAAAUGGAGAAAAGCGAAGCUGGCUCUUUGUGCUUAUUUACCUAGAACUUUAAAUAAUGAUGACUAUUGUUCACUUCCUUCCAGUGAAAAGCUAUCUGACGCUGCUUUGUUAUCUCCUUCAAACUCGGCAAGUAUGGCAGCUUCUAGGCCAAUGUCUCCUUUGUCUUCUGCUCAUGGUUUUAGGUUGCCUAGAAGUUUCUCUAGAAGUGCAAGCAAAUCAUCCAAGCAAAUAUGUUCAAUAUGUUUGACCAAGAUGAAACAAGGAGAUGGCCAUGCUAUUUUCACGGCAGAGUGCUCUCAUUCAUUCCACUUCUAUUGCAUUGCUUCGAACGUGAAGCAUGGUAAUGAAACUUGUCCGGUUUGUAGAGCAAAAUGGAAAGAAAUCCCCAUGCAGAGCCCUGGUUUGGAUCCUCCCCUUUGCAGGGCAGCAGCCAAUCCUGUAGGCUUCGCACAAAAUGAUGCUUUGAUGACUGUAGUCCACCGGUUACCUCCACCUCGUAGAGAUUUUAGUCGCCGACAUGUUGUACUAUUAUUUCAGGCUCCUGAACCAGGUGUUUUCAAUGAUGAUGAAUCAUUGGAUCACCUACCCAUGGUUGCUGAGAGUAUGAAUGCCUUGGAGAACCCAUCUGUCAGAACAAUAGAGAUCAAAACAUACCCUGAGGUUUCAGUGGCACCAAGGUCCAGUUCUUAUGACAAUUUCACCGUUCUUGUUCAUCUUAAAGCUGCUGCCUCAGCUGCAAAUCAAAAUCCGAACAGAAAUCAUGCUAGCAGCUUGCCACAACUUUAUCAAAAUCCCUGUGCUCCUGUUGACCUAGUCACCGUGCUUGAUAUCAGUGGUAGCAUGGCUGGCACCAAGCUUGCAUUGUUAAAACGGGCAAUGGGGUUUGUAAUUCAAAACCUUGGCUCCAAUGACAGACUUUCGGUCAUUGCCUUCUCUUCAACUGCUCGCCGGCUCUUCCCCCUUCGUCGAAUGUCGGACGUAGGGCGGCAGCAGGCACUUCAUGCUGUUAACUCUCUGGUUGCAAAUGGUGGUACCAACAUAGCUGAAGGCCUGAGGAAAGGUGCCAAGGUAAUGGAAGAUCGGAGGGAAAAGAAUCCAGUUGCCAGCAUAAUACUUUUUUCGGAUGGGCAGGAUACUUAUACUGUCAAUGGUGCUGGUGCAAACAAGUCUCAAUCGAAUUACCAGUUGCUUGUCCCCCUGUCUAUGCAUGGGAGUGACAACACGGGAUUCCAUGUUCCAGUGCAUGCUUUCGGUUUUGGUGCCGAUCAUGAUGCUUCGUCAAUGCACUCGAUUUCAGAGAUCUCAGGAGGGACGUUUUCUUUUAUCGAAAACGAAGCUGUAAUCCAGGAUGCAUUUGCACAAUGUAUCGGUGGUCUUUUAAGUGUUGUAGUUCAAGAGCUGCAAGUGGGUGUGGAGUGCAUGAAUCCAACUCUCUGCCUUGGUCCACUUAAAGCAGGCAGUUACCCGAUCUGUGUUACAGCUGAUGGAAAAACUGGAUUUAUCGACGUUGGAGAUCUCUAUGCGGAUGAAGAGAGGGAUUUUUUGGUGUCCAUUAAAGUACCAGCCGAGCCUUUCGAAUGUGAAACAUCGUUGCUAAAGGUGAAAUGUAUUUAUAGGGAUCCCUUGACUAAAGAGAUGACCACUUUGUAUAGUGAUGUUGUUACGAUUCAAAGACCUGAAGUUGCUGGGCAGGAAGUCGUUUCAAUUGAAGUAGACAGGCAACGCAACAGGUUCCAAGCAGCUGAGGCAAUGGCAGAGGCAAGAACGACAGCUGAACGGGGAGAUCUAGCAACUGCUGUUUCAAUACUCGAAAACUGUAGAAGUUUGUUGUCCGAGACCAUCUCAGCCCAAUCUCAUGACCGACUUUCCAUUGCAUUGGACGCUGAACUCAAGGAGAUGCAAGAAAGGAUGGCAAGCAGGCACGUGUACGAGGCAACAGGGAGAGCAUAUAUCCUCUCAGGACUGAGCUCUCACUCGUGGCAAAGAGCGACCGCAAGAGGCGACUCCACUGAUGGUUCAAGUUUGAUUCAACCUUAUCAAACUCCAUCAAUGGUCGAGAUGCUUACUCGAUCUCGGGCAAUGUUACUAGGUAGUCCAUCAACACAAAGGCUUGUCCAACCAUUAUGGUCACUUGGAUCGCUACCGAAGCCGAGAUAAUAGUUUCCAAAAGCUGUUUUCUCUAUAUUUUGUAAAAUUUUGUUUGUCGAGGAGAUUUUGUGGAAGGAUUAAGAAGUCUUACAUGUGUAAAUGAAAAAAAAAUGGGAAGAAGGCAAAAGAAACACGGCAGUAGAGGAGAAUAGGUAGAGUCUAGACUAUUUUGUAUCUUGGUUUGUGUUGUCGGGGGGUGUACAUAAGGAGAAGUGGCCUUUUUCUCUCUGGGAAAAUCUGGGGUCGUGCUUGUUUUGCUGGAAAAUGAUGGUGGUAAGCUUUCACCUAAUAUAUGA